CAGGCAACCCCGCCACUGACUCUGCCAAAUAGACACUUAGAUGAAGACGACUGCUGAUGGCUGCUAGUGCUUUUAACUACUUCCUGUGCCACAGUGCCGCAUUCCUCUUGAUGGUGCUGGCAGACGUUUAUGAAGUUGCCCGUUGUCAGCAUGUCUUCCACAAACGUGUCGGGGACACGGUGGAAUUGUCGUCCGGUUUGGCGGGCCAAAGCGUGACCAGCGCACACUGGAACUAUGAAGGCAAGAGAGUCCAGGCGGGGUCGAGACAGUUUGCAGGCCGGCUUCAUCUCAACCACCACAACUUUAGUCUGACGCUGACUGCCGUCACGCCAAACGACACGGGCGUCUUCAGCUUUGUGUCGGCCGUCAAUGACAGUCAGAGAACGACGAUGCACGUCAAGCUGCACGUUCACGAGCCCAUAACCACAGAGCCCGUCGUGACCAUCAGAACGACCUGGAACGCUGUUAACUACUCAUGCAGUGUCCUACUGGACUGCAUCGCCCCCGCUGGGGAGGUGGUGGCAUACAAGUGGACUGUGAGGAACAGAAGCCGGAGCGGCGCCUGUCAACACCUCAAUAUGCCGCCGCAGCACACCGCCAUGGAGGUCACAUGUACCAUCUUCAACGCAGUGAGCGAGAGGUCCGCCUCGGAUACUGUGAUGUGCGGUAACAUGUCCUCACGCAUCGCCAACACAGAGCCGCCAUUCUCUGUGUUUAUGCUCGGCGCAGUGGUGGCGGCUGGAGCUUGUCUGCUCGCUAUAGUGGGCGGCGUCACUGUGGUUGCCUGCUGCCGCAGACGAGCAAGCAGAAAACGCGAGGAGGUGACAAUCUAUGCUGACAUUUGUGAUGUAAAGUCAAGGCCAACAAGAGAGCGCUUGCCAUACGAGGUCGUUUGCGACGACGACACGGGAACAUUGGCGACAAGACAACACAUAUAUUUGCGAGGCCAUUUUCAAGAAGGAUAUUUAAAGAGAAACUACAUCUUGUGAGACCAUGUCAGCCAACCCCGGAAGCUCGAAUGGGUUCUACAGAUUGUGAGUUCAGGUAUUUUAUUUCUUUAUUUUUUCACGUUUAAUAUGUUUUGUGCAACUUUAAUUUUGAUAUUACCACAUAAGAUAUGUUUUAAUUGCUGAUGCGGAUUUAUUGAUUUUUAAAUAUAAUAUAACCUGUUAUGUACACUGUUGGUGGUGAUGCUCAGUAGUGAGUAAAUGUGGUCAUGUGGUGACAUAAAUGAUGGUAUUUUGAGAGGUAAUCUUUGAAGUCGGGCAUCACUGAAGGCCUAGGUGGGAAACGCACAGCCCGCCACUGUGAAUGGAUGAAUGUGACCCAUUAGGUAAAGCGCUUUGGUAUCGUGCAGGUAUAGUAUAGUGCUAUAUAAAAUACAGACCAUUUACCAUUUGAUGACUUUGUCUUAAUGCAGACACUCUAUGACAAGAUCCAGCUGGCGCACAUGGCCAAGCAAGACCACGACACCUAGAGUGAAAGCGCCAUCUUGUGGGGAAUAGUGGAACGGCAGCAGCAAAAAAACAACAAC